CAGAAGGCCACAAAGGACCAGUAACAGAGGCCCACCAGGGAUAAGGCUCCGCGCGCCGCCGCCUCCUUCCUCCAUCCUCCGCCGCCGCUUUCUCCAGCCGCCGCCACAACCUCCUCUGCCCACAGAGGAGAAGAGGGGGAGGAGGAGGAGGAGGCGGCGGGACUACAAAGCGCCAGGGGAGCCGGGGACCCAACCGCCGCCACGUCUCCUUCCGGAGAGCCCGGCGACACCGCCUCCGCUCUCCUGAGCCUCCCGCCACCGUUUCCGGGGCAAGCGGCAUAUCAACAUCCGGGGCCGCGGAGCCAUCCGCCUACGGAAACCGGGACGUUGGCCGGGACUGUCUAGACACUGCAUCCUCGCGGAGUAGACCUUAUUCUGCGGCGUACAGGAAGAGGGCUCCCGGAGGCCUGGCUUCGAACCUACUUUUUCAGCAGAGAGGCGGAGGUGCGGCGCGUUGACUUGUCAGCAGAAUGGAUUUUACCGAGUCUUAUUCUGACACAUGCUCUGCGGUUGGACUUGCUGCCAGAGAAGGCAAUGUCAAAGUCUUAAGGAAAUUGCUCAAAAAGGGACGUAGUAUUGAUGUUGCUGAUAACAGGGGAUGGAUGCCAGUUCAUGAAGCAGCAUAUCACAACUCUGUAGAAUGUUUGCGGAUGUUAAUUCAUGCAGAUUCAUGUGAAAAUUACAUUAAGACAAAGACUUUUGAGGGCUUCUGUGCACUACAUCUUGCUGCAAGUCAGGGACAUUGGAAGAUCAUACAGAUUCUUUUAGAAGCUGGAGCAGAUCCUAAUAUAACUACUUUAGAGGAAACCACACCACUGUUUUUAGCUGUUGAAAAUGGACAGAUAGAUGUGUUAAGGCUGUUGCUUCAACAUGGAGCAAAUGUUAAUGGAUCUCAUUCUAUGUGUGGAUGGAACGCCUUGCACCAGGCCUCUUUUCAGGAAAAUGCUGAGAUCAUAAAAUUGCUUCUUAAAAAAGGAGCAAACAAGGAAUGCCAGGAUGAUUUUGGAAUCACACCUUUAUUUGUGGCUGCUCAGUAUGGCAAGCUAGAAAGCUUGAGCAUACUUAUUUCAUCAGGUGCAAAUGUCAAUUGUCAAGCCUUGGACAAAGCUACUCCCUUGUUCAUUGCUGCUCAAGAGGGCCACACAAAAUGUGUGGAGCUUUUGCUGUCCAGUGGGGCCGAUCCUGAUCUUUACUGUAAUGAGGACAAUUGGCAGUUACCUAUUCAUGCAGCUGCACAAAUGGGCCAUACAAAAAUCUUGGACUUGUUAAUACCAUUUACUAACCGGGUCUGUGAUACUGGGCCAGACAAAGUAAGCCCUGUUUAUUCAGCAAUAUUUGGAGGUCAUGAAGAUUGCCUAGAAACACUACUCCAGAAUGGCUACAGUCCAGAUGCCCAAAUGUGUCUCAUCUUUGGAUUCAGUUCUCCCAUGUGUAUGGUUUUCCAAAAGGACUGUGAGUUCUUUGGAAUUGUGAAUAUUCUUCUGAAAUAUGGAGCCCAGCUAAAUGAACUUCAUUUGGCAUACUGCCUAAAGUAUGAGAAGUUUUCAGUGUUUCGCUACUUUUUGAAGAAGGGUUGUCCAUUGGCACCAUGGAACCACACAUCUGAAUUUAUAAAUCAUGCAAUUAAAGCACAGACAAAAUAUAAGGAAUGGUUGCCACCUCUCCUGCUUGCUGGAUUUGACCCACUGAAUCUACUAUGCAGUUCUUGGAUUGACUUAGUCAGCGAUGACACCCUUAUCUUUACUUUGGAAUUUACUAACUGGAAGAGAGUGCCACCAACUGUUGAAAAAAUGCUCUCUGCUCGUGCCUCAAACUCCUCUUGGGUUCUACAGCAACAUAUUGCCUCUGUUCCAUCCUUGACCCACCUCUGUCGUUUGAAAAUUCGUUCCAGUCUAAAACCAGAACACCUACGAUCUGACAGUUUUAUCCGUCUGUUGCCACUUCCCAGCAGCCUGCAUGACUAUUUGCUUUAUGCAGAGGUUCUGAGAAUGAAUGAGAUUCCAGAACUGGCAGUUAUUCAAGAAGGAAAAAUCAGUGAAGCUUCUUAACACAACUCAUUUCUUACCACAAAAGAAAAGAACCAUGGAGUACAAAUUCUUGAUAAUUUUAUAGUUGCAAAAAAUGUAGUUUAAUAUGAAUGUUUACAAACUGGGCUUCCCAGUAAAAUAUAUUAUAAACCUCACUUAUGUUACUUUAUUGCAGUUUUAUCGCCAACAUGUUUUAUGUUAUAAUAUUCAUUUACUUGACCAUACUCUGUUUAUUAUGUUAAUGAAUGGUAAUGCUGCUUCUAGUGCUAAACAUGGCAUGUUUCCACCUGUAAUUCUGUGUUUAACUGGUGCUUGGUGCUCAGAAUGGAAUGCACAAAAUUUCUCUGGAAUUGUAUACAACUGUGGGGGCUGAACCUCUUAUUAGUAUUAAUUAUUUGAUUAUUUGGGGUUGAAUCUCUCAUGUUUAUAAAAGAACAAGUUUUCCUAUCUUGUCAUAUUCCAUUCUUAUCUCUUAAUUCAUUUACUUUUAGGAAGGAAUUGAUGUUCAUUGGCUUAUAUGUAAACUCAGGGAAAAAAUUUUUUUUAAAGAACAUGGAAAACUAAUUAUUUUGCUGUUUGUUUUUUUUUCUUCAGUUCCAUUAUACUCUGCGAAAGAAGACUUCAUUUCUAGUCUGCAAAGGCAGGAACAGAUUUUAAUUCCAAGACAUGUGGAGCUGAAAAAAUUAGGUCAGUAUUGACAUAAAUGAGAAUUUUGCCAUAUUUAGAAGACCAGUCAGGAGACUGUGAGGGACAGUCUUUUCUUUUUUUUAAAGAAAAAAAAAAAAAAAAGUGUGCAUUCCUAAGUUACUUU